GAAGAUGUCCGGAAAUCUGGCCUUCUAUUCUUUAUCUAUAUUAAAUCAGUAGUCAAUCAUCCUCGACAGUAUCAAGACUUCAGGAUGAAACAUAUUUUUAUUUUUUUGUUGGUGUCAUGGAACGUAAAAUUGCAUCAGUGCUUUCCACAUGAUACAUCGGUGAUUUCGAAAUAUGCGAAAGUUACAGUGUGGAAUAACAACAAAACGAACUCCCCGAUAAGCAGGAAUACUCGCGAUGGAAACAUCUGGAAUCACAGAUUGGACCCCAAAAGCAUCUCCCCAACAACAAAGAAGAAAAACCCUUCAGUAGCAUACCAGUAUCCCGUAUAUCAGCAUCCCGAAUCGAAAAUGCACCAAGUAACGGAAAAUGUGCCAGGAAUAGGAGAAGUUAUCGUAGCCAAGCCGAUGCAAGCCCAAGAUCGAUUCGAGUCUCGCCCCCUAUUUGCUUACAAAAACAAAUUCUCCUCCGCUACCUACUUGCCUCCUUCUCAGCCGAAAAAACCUGCUGCACCCGCCCCGGUCACGUCGUCUCCUCCUGUUGCAGCUCCGCCCCCUUUACAAGCUUCUGAUUCGGGUAGAGGGUCGUAUUCUUCUCCCUACAGUUCAUACAACCCGCCAGACUUCAAGCCUGAUGAUACUGGAAGUGCAGAUAAGUAUCCUCCCAACACUGACUAUGGACCGGCACAGGAAGCUCCAAUGGACGAUAUGAAAAGUGCUUCUACGGACCCACCAAAGCAGAUGGCUCCCGAUUCCUAUGCUUCAUUAGGGCCUCCUGUCGCUCCGGAUGACGGAGAAGACCAUGCUCAGCACGACCAUCCAGAAUAUGAUUUCCACCAUCACGACCACAGCCCCCCAGAAGACCCGAUGGCAAUGUACAAAUACCAUGAAGGUCCUCCAAAGGAAGCCCCUAAGAGCAUUGAUGAUGUUUAUUAUCCUCCCGAUUUCCCGAAAGAGCAGAUUGACCAUCCAGAGAUGGCAGGACAUGGAGACGACAUGGGCGGACAGGGAGACGAUAUGGGAGGACCAGCAGAUAUGAUGAAGGACGAUGGGAUGAUGCCUCCAGGUGAGGACGAGGGAAAGGCAAAUGAAGACCCAGCUCCAGAUGACCACAUGCAGAUGGCACCUCCACCUGAUUACGAUCACGAUCACCAUCAGGGACAUGCAUUUCCGCCGUACCUUUAUGAUCACCACCAUUAUGACCAUCACGUCUAUGAGGAAAUUCCGCAUACCACAAUGGCUCCAGAGAAGGAAGACAAGCGUGUCAGCAGCACCAAUUACAGUUACUACUAUUUGGGACGCAAGCUUUGGUACAUCCCGCUUUACUUCAGCGUAUACUUCAUUAUCUACGUUACGGUUCUCAUCCUCAAGUCCAUAGCGAGACAUAAGGUUAAGUUAAAGUACAAAUGGUACGAGCACGGUUCCGCCAAAGAAGCAAGGAGCCUGGAUUUGGACGAUGCGAGGCACGAGGCGAUAACGGAAGUUCAUCGCAACGUUUCAGCGGCUUUGACUAAUGCGACCACGAAAUAUAGUGUUUUAGCUAUGAAGUAAUUAAUAAAAUUUGCGAAAAUGUGUU